CUUUCAAGUGAAAGCAUGUGGAGGGUUUAAUGAAUUCUUUUAAUGCCAAAAGUGCCCUAGUUUAUUUUCUUUAAUGACUACGCUUGUCCCUCAGGUUACACGAUCACUCCUGUUCUCUCCAGUCCUCUUGUCUUCCUAUUUUCUCAACCUCUGCCGUCGUCACCAGACUCACCACCCAACUGCCAGCCCUCUGCCUUCCUGCCAGAUCUCCCGCUCCGGCCAUCGCUCUGCUUUUCGUUCAUCUCUCGCUGCCGUCGAACGCCAAAAACAAAGAGGCGAAAAUUCCCCCUUCCGCUGCUCACCCACUUGACGGAGGCUGGAGCUAAACAACACCAGGGUAAUUCAGAAUGCAAAAAGAAUAAUUUCAAUCAAUCGACAUCAGAAUAUGUCAUUCUUGAAGCAUGUUUGGGGUGAUGCUGAGAGACAAUUUUGGGCUUCAAUAUCACAUAGUGGUUUAACUUUUCCAGGUCUCAUUACAGUACACCAGAGCCAAAGAUCAAUCCGCUCUUUUGUAACAAGCAUGGCAGUAGACUUCAGUUACACAGCCUGCAGACAGCUGUCACAGAUGUUUGCGGCAAUAAUCUUUUUUCACGGUUCUGAAUACAUUUUAGCAGUUGGCAUUCACGGGAAAUCAAAUGUCACUCUGAAAUCUCUUCUGAUCAGCAAAAAUUAUCUGGUUGCAAUGAUUUUUUCCUUGCUGGAGUACUUAAUUGAAUAUAUUUUGUUCCCUGGUAUGAAGGAACACUGGUGGGUCAGCAACUGGGGCCUUGGAAUGCUUAUAAUAGGGGAAAUCAUUCGGAAGAUGGCAAUAAUUACAGCUGGUCGGUCCUUCACACAUCUCAUCAGGGUUCAUCACUCAGAGCAUCACCAAUUGAUUACAAAUGGAAUUUAUAGAGUUGUUCGGCAUCCUGGUUACUGUGGUUUCUUCAUAUGGUCAGUGGGCACACAGAUAAUGCUUUGUAAUCCCAUAUCAACAAUUGCAUUUACACUUGUAGUUUGGCGCUUCUUUUCCCAAAGAAUACCGUAUGAAGAGUAUUUCUUGAGGCAGUUUUUUGGGUUGCAGUACGAGGAAUAUGCCAGACAAGUUCCUGCCGGGGUGCCUUUUAUAAAGUGAAGAUCCGAGGGAUUCUGUGGGAAGGGUUGAAUUCCUGUUGCCUCGCUCAUCUUGCUUCUGCUAGAUCGUAGAAUAGUGGUGUCUUCUUUAGCUGAUAAAUGGGUUGCAGGUGAGACUGAGAAUGUAUCAGCCAAUGUUUUGUAAGACUUGUCCAUGAGACUUAAAUUCACAUGAAAACUUAACAUUUUUAAUCUAUAUGUUUGCACACGCA